AUGGCUGUUUUAAGGUAUCUUGUGUUAAAAAGCAGCUCAAAUUCGUCGAGAAAUUGGCCUCGUUUAAAUACUUAUAAGGCUGCAUCUUUUUCAAUUGUUGCAGCGAUAUUAAUAGCAGCUGUUGGUUCCGCGCCUAAUAUGCUUAGAUAUCAGAUAUUUUACAAGGGUGAAUUACCCGCACCCGAUGUUUGCAAGGCUAAUGGUUCAAAGUUUGCCUCGUUUUACGAAAAACCUGAUUCUAAUGUAUCUGCCUAUAUUUUAGCUCAACCAAGUUUUUGGAAUUGUACUUGGGAGCGUUUUAGCUUUUGGAUAGCUGGUCUCCUUCUAAAAUUAGUGCCUUGCCUUCUAUUAACUAUUUUUAUGACUUUACUUGUUCGAAUGCUUGUUGAAGCACGUGAAAGAAGAAAUCGACUCCAUAAUGGGAAACAAUCAACACUCUCUUCUUUACCAACCCAAACUAAUAAUGGAAGAGACAAAUCUGUUGGAAAUGAAAAGGGUGCUUCUGGUAGUGGAAAUUCUUCCAAAGUGCAAGCUGAGAGAACAACAGCAAUGUUGACUAUAAUUGUUGCCGUUUUUCUCAUUACCGAACUUCCACAAGGCAUACUUGUUAUUUGGAUGGGUAUUAAACCACAAGUUCGCUUUGCUAUGGCACAAUUAUCAAAUAUUUUAGAUUUUCUUUCCUUGCUUAAUUCUUCCGUUAAUUUUUUACUUUAUGCUACAAUGUCCAAUUUGUUUAGACACGAAUUUUUACAAACUUUUGGUCAAUGCUGUCCUAAACGAUUUUUUUCGUUAUUUAAUUCAAAGAAGAAACGUGGAGGUUCUACUGAUAGAUCUUCAAUUCCUAAUAUUAAUAAUAAAAGUGGUGGGCGUGAAAAUGCUGCACAUCGUGAAAUACAAACAAUGGCAAUAAAAUUAGAAUCACCCCCUUCCUCUUCCGGAUCUGAUGAAAGGUUGAAUUCAGAACAAGAGAAUCGUAGCGUAAUUAUCAAUAAUAAUGUGAGAAAUAAUAAUGUUUCUUCAAAAUUAUCUUUAGCUGGACAGGAAAUAACAAGAAUAGCACAAAAAAGCAUUAAUUAUGCUUUUUCUUCCAAUAAUUUUUCUAAUGGAGGAAAUAAACAAAGAAAAAUUUUAGUUACUUUAGACAAGGGGGAUGAUUCAACAACAUUACAAUUUCAACAACAACUUUUAAAUAACAACAACAACAAAACUUUCAACAAUGUUUUACCGACGGUAAACAUUUCAUAG